GCUUUGCCGAUGUGAGGUUACUUUGUUCAGCAAGAAGCAUGGGGUGAUAUGGGCGGAGGAGGAAGCAGAGACAACGUACGGGAGCAUCGAUUUGGUAUCCUCUGUUCUGCAGAGGAAACUGAGGAAGAUCAAGGAGAAAGAUACUGACCAUGGCCCCCACAUGAGGGGGUUCAAUCGCCUAAAGGUUCGGGAUACAGAGUUGGACAUAGUUGAAAGCUCUGACGAGGAGGAACAAGACAUAGUGGAGUCUUCACCUGCAGAAGAAGACGUAGAACAACUGGGCAAGAUUGUGCGCACAAAGUAUUUUGACAUGCCGCUGCUGUCGGUCGAGGAAGCAAAGGAGCAGCUCGAGAAUCUGGAUCACAGUUUCUAUGCUUUCAGGAACGAGGAAACUGGUGAAAUAAACAUCUUGUACAAGAGAAAAGAGGGCGGAUAUGGUCUGAUAAUUCCAAAAGAUGAACAAGUGCCAAAUACCGCAUCAGCUUCUGAACAUACCAUAGAAACUGUUAUCGCAGAGAAAGCAAGUGGAUGAUGCAGGAAGCUACACAUUAUCGGCAAUUCAUCACUUGCUUCUCGAGCUAGAUUACAGGAGAAUCUAGUGGUUGGAGAAGUAUCUCUUCUAUGAUGUGCGAGGCGCACAAGAUCUGUUUGUUUAUACAGACAAACUGGGAUUUUAAGCUUGCACUUUUUUAUCUAAUAUUUUCUCGCUAAACAAAAGAUUAUGGAUCAAUGAUUUAAUGGCAAUCCAAUCAUUGGCUUAACCUUCUUUAAUGGGGAGAGAUAUCAAUCCAA